UUGAUGAAAUCGCCUCGACCGUUUGUUACCGAUUGCGAUUUGUUGUCAAUAUUAGAUAAUUUUUGUUAACCCCAAAACGCACACCAUUCUGCAACGCUGCACCGCACGACAGGACAGGAGCGCCCGGGGCGCGACCGACACAACAGCAAACCGAAGCCAGAAACCAAGGGAAGAACAGAGAGUGAGAAGAGAUUAACACACACACAAAAAAAGCGCACGAAAACAGGCUUCACACACAAAACGCGAAACGCUGGCUGGCUAGUUGCGGAACGGUAGUGUGACGUUUUGGUCCAGUCGCGGUCCUGGUGCUGGUUUUGGGCUGCAUUCGAGUGAAAAGCAAAACAGAGGGCCCUCCUGGUGAACCUGACUGGGUGCCACGGUAGUGCUCGUUGCUCGGUCGUUUCGGGUUGCUCCGUGUGGCCACGCGACUCGUCAGCGGGGAAAGAGUAGACGAGGCUGCCCGUAACGGAAAACGCCCUCGAAAACCGAAAACCCGUGCAAGCGCGUAGCAAGCGCUACAACGGCCCCUUCCUCGCAGGUUCCAGCAGCACGGUCCUCGCGGGAGGUAUCUGUCGUGGUCCAGCGACCGAGCUGUUUUUUUGCCCCUGGCCCGUGUAAGGAACACGCUAGGCGUUCCCGGUUUGACGCAAGUGGGAUGCUCAGCCACUGAUAGCGUAAAGUAAGCAGUUCCAGCAGCAGCAGCAUCAGCAGGAGCAGCAGCAGCAGGAGCAGCAGCAGUAGCAGUUAGUAGUAACCACAAACAACCAAUGCACAAGUAGAGCGUUUGCUUGCACCGUAGCAUCUGGUAGCAGACACGCGUAAGCAGCAGCAUCCUCGUGUAGCAGCACCGUGGAACAUUCCUUGAUGGUAGUCAAUUCGUGAUCGUGAAUCAAGGCGUCCCCGAGCGACCGUCAUAAAGUAGAAGAUAACCCGGCCAAAGCUAAUGUUUUAAUCGUCCACUCAGCGUGCAGCUGUACAAUACAGCACAGAACAGUAGAUAAGCAAAGCAAAAUCAAACACACCGUUUGGCAUGGCUAAAGAGCGGCAACAUAGCGUAAUCGGGCUCUCUUCGCGGUGAGACAUAACGGUGCCCCGCGCUCAUGUGCAGCAGCGACAAUGCAGUGUAUGGAACAGGUGACAGCUCUGGUCAGUGUUUUAGUGCAACCGCCGGUAGUGUCCGCACGGGAUAGCAUCGAUACAAAGCGAAACUAGCCACAGAAAGCCUGUUUCCUGCGGUAUGCUACAGCUGUUGGAAAGUAGCGUCAAGGGCUCAAAACAUAAGACAAAAUAAGAAGAACGCCUCUCCUGCGUAAUCAAAACGGAAAUAAAACGCACGUAAUACCACAGUUUCCUACUCACAUACAUAUAGGAAUUGAAGGCAGUAUCUGUUUGUGUGUGUGUUCAUAGAAAGGGCGACAAUGUAAUUGCAACCCUCGCAUGGUUAGAAUUGAUCACACGAAAAUGGAACUAGCGUAACACUCGAACGUCUGUAAAAAUGUUAUCCUAGUAGAAUUUAAAACAUAACCUUUACAACAAAACAGCUAAACGAAACGAAUAAUGAUAUACUAUCGCCAUGCGAAUUGAAUAUCUAAGUGUCAACGUGUUCUUAACAGUGCAAAACAAUUCAAAACAAAAGUAGAGCAAUCUCCCAUUCUCCCUUCGUGCUCACUUUCGCACACUCUAUCGCUCUAUCGAAUAGAGUAGUUGUUCGGCGAUCUGUAAGUGCGUGUGUGCCCCAUGUGUCAUCAUCAUCAUCAUCAUCAUCAUCGGUGUACUAUUAACGCGAGUGUGUGUCGUACGUGUGCGUGUGUGUUUGUCGUGUGAAUUCUUUCUAAUUGAAAUUUUUAAAAGAAAAGUUAAAUAAAGCCAAUCCUUCCCUCGCAAGUGUGGUGGCCUGGAUGGAUCACGCAAGGAUUAAGGGCAAACGUCAACUACCCACAACGGCGGUGGCGGUGAAAGGUGCUUGAAGCAAACUAACUAAGCAAGCCAGUGCCAUUGCCAUUUUACGAUUGCUGCUGUCAAUACAUGUUAUUGUCACCAUAGUUACCGACGAGAGCUGGGUGGUUCAUACCGUCGGUUCUGCCGUGGCCAAGUGUGUAUCGCAGUCGAAGUGACGGGGUCGGAUAUACCGACACGUUGUUGUGAGUUGCAGUGUAUGUGCAUGUGUGGGUGUUCGUGCGUGUGUGUUUGACCGAAUCGGCAAAGGGAUAUAGGGCUUGGCUAGAGAUUACACAACAGAGUAUCCCAGCAGGCUCGCGCCGCAUCCCAGGUACGACCGAGUGUGUGGUUUGACGUGUGUUUUGAGUUGCCGCUUCAGCGACUCACCGACUCAGUUGGCGCUGGGGCAGCGUUUCCGCGACGGCUCUGAGGACGGCGCCAUUCAACGAAGGUGCCAAAGGUGCCGCCUUCCUUCAGAAGGAGGCUCCGCAUAGGCGCUAGGCUGCCAGCUGCAGGCGAUGCACCGGUUUGCGGAUCGACCGGGUGGACCUGGCCUAAGAUGGGGAGCGUGCUACUCACGGCUGUGUUCAUAGCGUUACAAUUUGCUACCGGCCUGGCCAACCCUGACUCCAAGCGUUUAUAUGACGACCUGCUGAGCAACUACAACCGACUGAUACGGCCCGUGGGCAACAACUCCGAUCGUCUGACAGUCAAGAUGGGUCUACGGCUCUCCCAGUUGAUUGAUGUGAAUCUCAAGAAUCAAAUUAUGACGACGAACGUGUGGGUAGAACAGGAAUGGAACGAUUACAAGCUCAAAUGGAACCCAGAUGAUUACGGCGGAGUGGACACCCUGCACGUCCCAUCCGAACACAUUUGGCUGCCAGAUAUAGUGUUGUAUAAUAAUGCGGACGGUAACUAUGAGGUGACAAUAAUGACAAAAGCAAUUUUACAUCAUACGGGUAAAGUAGUAUGGAAACCACCUGCCAUUUAUAAAUCAUUUUGUGAAAUCGAUGUUGAGUAUUUUCCAUUUGAUGAGCAAACAUGUUUUAUGAAAUUCGGAUCCUGGACGUACGACGGUUACAUGGUCGAUCUUCGGCACCUCCAGCAGACACCGGACUCGGACAACAUCGACAUCGGCAUCGAUCUGCAAGAUUACUAUAUAUCAGUUGAAUGGGACAUUAUGAAGGUGCCUGCCGUUAGGAAUGAAAAAUUUUAUAGUUGUUGUGAAGAACCAUAUCCGGAUAUUAUAUUUAACAUAACGUUAAGGCGAAAGACACUUUUCUACACCGUAAACUUAAUCAUACCUUGCGUUGGGAUAUCGUUCCUUUCCGUGCUAGUGUUUUAUUUGCCGAGUGACUCCGGCGAGAAGAUAUCAUUAUGUAUAAGUAUACUGCUGUCGCUGACCGUGUUUUUUCUGCUGCUUGCCGAAAUCAUUCCGCCGACGUCGCUCACCGUACCGCUGCUCGGCAAGUAUCUGCUGUUCACGAUGAUGCUCGUCACGCUGUCGGUCGUCGUCACGAUUGCCGUGCUGAACGUCAACUUUCGGUCACCCGUCACGCACCGGAUGGCACCGUGGGUGCAUCGCGUUUUUAUAGAGCUACUGCCAAAGGUGCUGUGCAUAGAGCGGCCGAAGAAGGAGGACGAACCGUCGGACAACGACGACCAGACGCCGACCGACGUACUGACGGACGUGUUCCAGGUGCCGCCGGACGUCGAAAAGUAUGUCGGCUUCUGCGGGAAGGAGUACGGCACGGACUUUGAUAUACCCGCACUGCCCCCCUCACGGUUCGAUGUGGCCGCCUCCGGUGGUGUCGGGCCAUGCUUUGGCGAGCCGCCGCUACCUGCACUGCCACUGCCGGGCGGGGACGACGAUCUGUUCAGUCCGACCGGCAACGGGGACAUGAGCCCGACGUGCUGUGGCGAUCUCAGCCCCACCUUCGAGAAGCCGCUGCUGCGCGAGAUGGAGAAAACGAUCGAGGCGUCGCGGUUUGUCGCCCAGCACGUGCGGAACAAGGACAAGUUCGAAAGUAUAGAGGAAGACUGGAAGUAUGUGGCGCUCGUGCUGGAUCGUCUGUUUCUGUGGAUAUUUACGAUAGCGUGCGUGCUGGGCACCUGCCUAAUCAUUCUGCAGGCGCCCAGCCUGUACGACAACACGCAACCGAUCGACGCGAUGUACUCGAAGAUCGCCAAGAAGAAGAUGGAGCUGCUCAAAAUGGGCAGCGAGAAUGUAUAGCAUCCGCCCGGGUUCGCAUCCGCCGUUUGGAAGUAUCUUCUGAACUGGAUGCGAACCCUGGUCAACGAGGAUGACCACUAAACGCCAAUCAAGUCGGCGUGCAAUCAUGAUCAUCAACACAACAUCGCAUCAGCCCAUGCACAUUGACACGCGCACCCACGCACACACACACACACGAUCGAACAAUAGCAAAUUGAACACAUUGAACACAGGCAGCAAACAACGAACAUGGGACAUGCGGCUCACUCUAUUGCAGCACUACCACUACUAAUACUACUACUACAACUACUACUACUAUCACUACCACUACUACUACUACUACUACUACUACUACUACUGCUCUAUGUCUCCCGUUCGUUCUUUCUUACGAUGUGUUCGAUUCAUUCAUCUCAGUCAGCCAGACACUCAGUGCGCCACCCAUGGCAACCAUUACACACUACAGCGAGUAGCGCGCACACUUCAUCAGCAAGCCACGCUGCAAAGGCACGGCUCAUGCAAAAGGCUCUUCAGCGCCUCGCAAUGCUUAGACCUCCCCAGGUGUAAGCGGAAACGGAAAGCGAACUACACACACACGUUCCUAUCAUCAUGAUUAUGCGCGUUAUGUUUUCCUUCCUACCCUGGUAUUGUUUCCUUCAUCUUCCAUCCCUCCCAUCAACAACCAUCCGCGGCGUGUUGGUAAAACAUGCAACGUGUCAAUAACAAUCAAAUUAAGGUUAAUGUAAACGAUAGCUCAGGCGGUAGGGCCCCGGUACGUGAAGGUAGGCUGGGAAGUGGACAGACACUACUGUCCCUCCCACACACACACACACACAGAGGCAAGGCCUAGGAGAAGAAAUUGUAGCAAAACACGUCGUUGGCCGGUUCGAUUUAGGGCACCACCCAAACAUUGCCACCAUAUUAGCUCCCUCGCGUUGCGGAAAAACAUUCCCAUUCGGUAGCCAGGAAACCAGCAAAACACUUCACGGCACAGAAUCGUAAACGAAAAACGAGAUGGGUGCAAGGACCUCCGGGCGAAGAUUAAUUAACGGUCGCGUUCAGUGGGCGCGCUCUUCAUUACUACUACUACCGCUAUCGGCACCCUGCCUUGUGCAUAGCGAUCGCAGUGCGAUCAAAUCGAAGACGACGGCAGCUUAGCAAACCGUUGCGUAGCGGUAAUUGUUUGCAAUUUUGUUUGGCCACGGUAUGCGCCAAAUUGUAGUGCGGAGGUUACCGUUUUCGAGCAGUACUUUUUCAAUUUUACCCACCGUUACUGAGUUGGUUUCGAAAUGGAUACAAACUCUUCGUGCAGUGCGCUAGUGGUCGCAGUUCGUUGGAUUUAUGCUUUGUUGGUAAGCCAGUUACUCACACACAUACAUACACACACACAGCAGGCAGAUACAUCAGCAUGCAUUUAAAGUAGGGUUUUGGUUGUUAAAUGCCAUGCACCACCAGGGCCACCGGCGCACGACAGUAGCUUAACGUUAUGAAAAUGCACGCAACGCAGCCGGCAUGCGCGCGGCAACGUGUUUUAUACGGUUUUAUUAGCGCAAAUUAAAUUUAUUAGCACCAGUGUUGUGCACCUGUUGCCAGGCGGAACGGUUUGUUUGUGUGUAGGGUUUGAUUGUUUAUUUGUUUUUCGCCCUUUCGAUACAUUAAAGUUAAAUUCAUUCGAUGUAAGAACUUGCAGCAUUACAAGCCGCAGGCGCUUUGCGUUGCACUUACGCAACGUAUUAUGCCAGUAGGAAGGGAGUACAUUACUUACGUUAAAAGAUAGUGAUUUUAACUCGACUGUUGUAAAUGUUUCAAAGAGGAGGAGCGAAAUGUUUCACCAUCCCUCUCCUUCCCCCCCCCAUCACCAAUCCCCCUUUCCAAUUCUUGUAAAAAGCUACACACUAUAACCAGAAGCGUCCGUCAGUGGCGUGCGCGGUAACGCAUGAUGGCGCACAUGGGUGUCGCCGUACGUGCGGCGUUAGGGAAUAAUAUGUUUAAAAAACAAAUGAAUACAAUCAGCAUGAAUUGGUCUGAUAAUGAAGUGUCUUAACUACAGGAAAUUCUACCAAAAUUCCCGAUUAUAUAAAAAGCGAAGCACUAGGGAGCCGAUCCGACGCGUGUCGCGUGACAGUGCAGGAUUAAAGGGGGGCCCCAAAAAAGCAUAAUGUACAAACCCGCUGCGAAUACAAUCCGCAGCAGGUGUUGGUCCCGCUCUAGAACAUCAGCAGGAAAGAAAACGCGGUGCGAACGCGUUUAAUGUAAAAAAUAAUAAGCAAUUCAGUGUCACGCAACAAAAAAACAAACAACCGAAACCACGAAUAACAAAACAAAACAAAAACAUGGUAGCGUUUUAUACAGCAACCGGCAAACACAAACGCCGUAAAAGCCCGUCUCCAUCUCAACUCGCAACUAGGAUAAUGCUGGGGAGUGCUGGGGUAGAGCCAUUUCUAACUAAUUGAGUGAAAUAAUCAAAACUACUACACACCACCACACACGGUGGAACGAGGCAGACGGCUAGAAGGUUUGCAAGAAUAAGAAGAAGAAGAGUAAAUGCGUUUUAGACGAAAGCUAACUUAAUAGUUCACAAUCAUAGCAAGUUCACGGGCGUAAAGGCAAGUAAGUAAGCAAACAUCAUUCCACAGAGAAAUGAAAGAGAAAACAGAAGUUAUUACAUCCUACAAGUACUGUUAGAUAACAACAAAAAAAAAACACUCAAACACACACACACACACACAUUUUUUACUAAGCCAAAAACCUAGCUAAGUCGAUUAAUGUACUUAAAAGUAUUCGCUAUAGGACGAGUGUAUAUGUAUUUUAUAUUCAUGGUGACAGUAACAAAAACAAACAAAAAAAACAAAGGGAAUUGAUGCGAUCAUUGAGUAAGGUUGGGGUAAGGUGGUGGGUACUUUUGUUACUAGUGCUGCACACAAACACACACACACACACACACACCUACAAAUACAGAAAAUAAAUUAAAACGCGUUGUAUAUUACAGGAACUAACACAUAACACUGCAAAGCGUGUGUGAAGCGUGUACGUAAGUUAUAAAGAUUUUCAUACAAAAAAAAAACAAAACAAACAAACAUAAAACAACAAGUAAUGCUAUAAAUGUAUCUGUAGUUAGAAUUUGUAUCAGUCGCACACGAGUCGAUUAUGGUGCGUUGUGCGCGGGUGAAAAGGACUCAUCAAAAAGGUUGGUGAAACACGUAAAUUAAUUAAAAAAAAAACACACACACACACACACCCACUAGCCCGCAGAUCGGAACACGGGUGCGCCGCGCCACCUGGCGUACCGGGUUGUGCAGCUGGCGCAUCACGAUCUCGAGGCGGUGGGUCACAUUAACAAACAAAACACACAAAACACAAAAACCAAUAGUUUUAGUCAAAUGAUAGCCGUAAGCCUGCUGACGGUAUUGUAAUAAUUCGCCAGUAUAGAUGAUGGGAGGGGAGGCAGUAGAGCGCACGAUUCACGUUUCACAGUCACGCUGGUCACACCUCAUGCCGCUUCCCUUUCCCGCCCCCCCACGACAAACACAUCGAAGCUACAGCUGCUCGACCGAGAGGGAGCGACAGAAAGAGAGGGAGAAAGAGAGGGAGAGAGAAGAGGCCAGUGCCAAUGGGACUACUCCAUGCCGGAUGGCCACACCGAAUUGAACGACCUGUGGACGGUUCGAAAAUCAACUUUUUAAUCAACCAAAUACAAAACGGAACCCAAAACAAAACAAAAAACCCCCCUCAUCGUACAGUGCUGAAGGUGGGCUCAACGAGAAAUACAUAGCAGCAACAACAACAACAACAACAACUAAAACAAGAACAACAAAACAUAAUAAAAAAAGCAAACACUUUUCAUAGUUAACAGAAUGAUAAGCAAGUUAGUCCAUAGCUACUACAAAAUCUGCAUCGAACCAUUGAUAAAAUGCAAGCAAGGUACAAUAUUUAUGAAGUACACGGCUCAAACGUUUCAUACUGUCCGAGCGCGUUAGCAAAUCAAACAACAGCAAAUUAGAGGAAAAGAAAUGGGUAUAAUUUGUACAGCAAAUGGAUUGGAUUGGUAGAACAUUUCAACUUGUUUCAUUGCUUUUUCGUUGAAACGAAUGUCGUACGACAACCCUUUUUUGGUUAGUUUUAAUUAUAGAUUUUACCUUUUUGGAUGUUUGUCAAUGCAGAACGUUUAUCGAUUUAUACGUUUUACUGUCCAUUUUAUUUUUUAGAACGAUUGAGCUUUAUUUUUUUAAUUUAAAUUUGGUUAAUUUGAAAUUUGUCAUCUUGUUAAACUACAUGCAUUCCAACAAAGUUUUAUUUUAUUUUUUUGUCAAAAAAAACUCAAGCUACUAAACUGAACAAAUACAAUCUCUCCGUGCUUGCUUACACGCAGCACAACAACAACUCAUAACAUUUUCUUCGUCUUAUAAUGAAAUUAAAAAAGAAAUAAUCCCGCCCAUAAACAACAAAGGGGCCGGUGCCUAAAAUAAUACCAUGAGUAAACCAAACCGCGUACUAGAGACAGAAUGUAACAAAAAAACAAACGAAAAUGAAACAAAAAACACACUUCACCUUUUUCAAAAAAAAAAAAAAUGCCAGACUGUUUGUAGUUGCCAAUGCUAUUAAAUGAACAAUUGCUCUAAACACGGAAAACAAGCCGACGAACAGGGAAAGACGAAAGAGAAGAAACCACACACGCACACACACACUCAAAACUCACUAUUGCUAUUACCUAACAAAAACUGUCGAAUGUGAAAGAAAGAAUGACAUAAGGCAGCACAAAAUUAAGCAACACACACACACACACACACA